AUGUACUACUCAAAUACUCCGAAGAUAAAGUUUUUAACGAUCUACGGCAUAAUCAAGAGCGUUAUCUCUGAAAUUCCCGUGCUAGGAGGGCCCCAUUUUGUGUAUACGCUAGUAAGAUUUGAUGUCGUCGGCGGUCACGAUGGAGUGGAGCGACUUAAACUAGCGCCACGCCUAAGUCGACUAUCUAGUCUGUCUGAGUCCAAUUCGUUUGUCGCAUCCCCACUCAUCUGGGUUCUACUUAUUUGCUACUUAGCCGCAGUAUUCUUAGACCAACUGGAUGAAGCUAAAGCCCUACUUGUGCUACUGGCCGUGAGAUGUGUCGCACGUGUAUCACGUGAUACUAUACCCAUGUACUACGUUAUUCACUCAUCAGGAUUAGCUCCUUUCUCCUCCUUAGACCUUACAAUACACUUGUUCAAUUCACCCAGUUUGGAUCUCAAUACCUUUUCGUGCAAGAGUUAUGAGCCUGGAGUUGCGCUUCUGACUAGUACUAUAGGGCCCUGCGAAGUUCAACACAUACUGAUCACAGCUUACUCACCAGCUAAGCCCGAUCGACUGAACGACGACCUACUUGUCGAUAUCGCGCCCACUCUCCUUGUACGACCUCCCCACCGCCAUAUUGACGAAAGAUUCGACGACGCGCACAAUGAUUUCUAUAAUCGCGCAAAGAUGGCAUCAACGAGCGACACCUCUGUAAAGCUUGUUAACAAAAGCGACUGGCAGCUCUGGUAUAGGAGACAAUGUCACCCUUAA